AUGGGUUUAAAGUUCUUCGAUGUCGUCGCGUCGGAGUUGAGCUACGUUUGUGCUACGUGUCAAAUCUAUUUGACCAAUAAGAGUGAGAUUGUGUCGACUAGUUUUUCGGGCAUUACUGGCCCGGCGAUCCUCUUCAAACACGUGAAGAACAUCAGACAUGCCACACUGGAACAACGUCUCCUAAUGACGGGAUCCCAUUUCGUUCGAGACAUUUUUUGUGCGAAUUGCAAUGAUAGUCUGGGAUGGACCUAUGAAUACGCGUCAGACAACAAGGAACGAUAUAAAGAAGGAUGCAUAAUUCUGGAGCGUCUGAACAUUCUGGAAAUCGACGAGAACGGGAAAAUUCUGAAUAUGCCACGUCUGCCGAGACGUCAAGCGCCUCCACCGGACCCGCAAUUUCAGAAUGUGCCACGUGGAUUGGAUGGGAGGAAUCCGGGAGCACGGAAUCCGGAUUAUCAGAGGAAUCACCGCCUUUUCAAUGUCUAUCGCCAUCGGAAUCAGCCGGGACUGGCGAUACCGUACUUCCGAAGAUCUGACGAUGGAGACGUUCCACAGUUGACGAUUUUCAAUGAGGAUUUGGUGCGGCAAGCGCUCGAAGGAUUCAAACACACCGUACGCCUGUUCAACGAAGCCGUCAUGCAGUGUUGUGUCGAGAGACACAAUCGGGAUCUGCUCGUAUUGGGAUUCAAUCAUGAGCUGGCACUGAGACAUCCGAAUGUGUGGGAGAUGAUGGAACAAGCCGAGUACACGCCAUCACGAGAGGCUGAUCAGCACCUGAUAACGCUAUUCCAAGAAAUGAGGCUGGAAAGAGAGAAUUUGGACGAGGAACCCAUUCCAAUCGACGUGAUUUUGAAUGGGCUCCGGAAUUGGCACGAUCAGGAGGUGGAGUAUAUACGGGGACCGCGGAUGAAUGACCGUAAUCCUGCCGUGCAAGUGCCAAUGCGACCAAUCAUUGGAAAUCAGGCGGCACUUCAAGACGUUCUACGCGAACGAAUCAUCGAUUAUGGAUUCAACGGAGCACUGGCUGACGAUGAUUUGCUGUUCAGAAGACGGAGGGAACGACGGAAUGCGGAUUACGCAUCGGAUUCAGAAGAGGAGGAGGAGGAGGAGGAUCCAUAA